UAUAUAUAUAUUAUACUGUUCAUGUUUUGUGUGGUGAAAAGUAUGCUUUUACUUACUUAGCUUUUUACAGUACUUACAGUAAACUCUUGGCCUAACGGUGGUCAAAAAGUUUCUUAACAUUGUACCUGAUCGCCAUCUGGUGGCCAGGUUGAGCCAACUUAAAACAUCUUUUGUGUGCGACACAGACUUUGAAGGGAAAAAUAAGGAUUUCACCUGCUAUUACUGGGGCAAAGUGAUCUUAUACCAAAGACCUGAGACUUUACUGUAUAUUUUCUGUUUGAUCUGGAACAAAGAUGCGUUUUUCCCCCUUUUUUGUGUGUGAUUGCAAUAAACUCUAGGUCUAAUCUUCUAUCUUUUUUUUGUCCCAAAGCAUUUUAUAUAUUAACAAACAUUAGCACGUUUCAACAGUCUACAGUUAUAUUUAAUGUAGUGAACAACAAAUCAAGUGUUUUAUCACUUACAUGAUAAUAGCUGCAAACAGUCAUUCCUUCACCUUCUGCUCUCUUUGUGGACACUGGAGACUCCUUCAAAAUAAAGCAAACAAUUCCUCUGUGAAUACUUCAACUUAUCGACUAUUGCAAAAGAUUUAAAAAACAAUUUUUGUGGAGCCUCCGUUAUACAAGACACCGUGUAAGUUUUUCUGAAAGAAAUAAUAAUGUAUUAGAAAAAGCAAAUUGCUAACUACUGUUAGAGAUUUUCACCAAUCAGAACUGAGAAUUCAACAGUGCUGGGUUAUACUUGGGAUUUGGAAGUAUUUUUAAAAUAUUCAGUAUUCCAAUAAAUACAACUCUUCCCUUUAUUGUUCCCCCUGAAGUCACUCUCGAUACAUAUACACCAAUCAGGCAUAACAUUAUGACCUAAUAUGGCCUAAUAUUGUGUUGGUCCCCUUUUGCAGCCCUGACCCGUCCUGCACUGUGUAUUCUGACACCUUUCUAUCAGAACCAGCAUUAACUUCUUCAGCAAUUUGAGCAACAGUAGCUCGUCUGUUGAAUCGGAUCACACGGGCCAGCCUUCUCUCCCCACGUGCAUCAGUGAGCCUUGACCGCCCAUUACCCUGUCACCGGUUUACCACUGUUUCUUCCUUGGACCACUUUUGAUAGAUACUGACCACUGCAGACCGGGAACACCCCACAAGAGCUGCAGUUUUGGAGAUGCUCUGAUCCAGUGGUCUAGCCAUCACAAUUUGGCCAUUUUGGUCAAACUCGCUCAAAUCCUUACACUUGUCCAUUUUUCCUGCUUCUAACAUCAACUUUGAGGACAAAAUGUUCACUUGCUGCCUAAUAUAUCCCACCCACUAACAGGUGCCAUGAUGAGGAGAUCAUCAGUCUUAUUCGCUUCACCUGUCUGUGGUCAUAAUGUUAUGUCUGAUCGGUGUACAUGUACUACUAGAACCUCCAAAUGCUAUUUCAGGAGUUUUCUUAAUUGAUUUCUAAUUGUUGGUGGUCUGAAUGUUGGUAGUCCUUAUUGCUCCACUUUUGGAGAGGCCAGAGUUUUAUGUACUCCGAGUAGAUAUAUCAUUGACGGUUGUGAAAAUAUAAAGAGAACUACAGAAACUCACUGUAUUUACAUUUAUGAUCCACUCUACCUUUAUUAAAUUUAUUUUCAGAUGAUUUUGUACAGAUGGUUUGUUUGUGAUACUCAUGGCAUCCCAUGGGGGAGUGUGUGUGUGUGUGUGUGAAAUAUCUAAGUUUUCAAUGUUCAUAAACUAAAUCUGUGCUGUGAUCCAGGGGGUGUGAAUCCCUGUCUCAUAUAUAUAUAUAUUAAUAUAAUAAUGCACAUAAUAAUGUGCGGAACAACAUUGAGGCAUCAGGUUAUCACACAUUUGCUGUAACAGAUCUGUGAAGCACUUUCAGACAACACACACUACCAAAACAAAAUGCUGUUUGUUUCUUUUUUCCCUCAGCUGUUGGAUUUAGCUUGUUGGGGCAGGUUGGGUUGAUAAUGUGUGAAACAGCGUGUAGGGUUGGGGAUGCCGAGCUGAAAAAGGAGCAGAUACACUGCAUUAAGAUUCACUUUCUGGAAUUUUCCAUUGCGCUUGUCAAUACUGAGUGGUAGCCAGAAAAGAAACCUCGAGAAACCAACAUUUAACUUCAUUUAUAAUUUAGUUGUUAAAGCUAAAUACUUUUUAGUUAAAUGCACGGCUUGGUCUGAUAUGCCAUGUCUGGCUAAGGUCCCCCCCCCCAAAAAAAAAAGAAGAAGAAAAAAUAAUAUAGUAAAUGAUAGUAUUUUUUUGUAAGCACAUUUUUUUAACCAAGCCAUUUAUAGAGUUCAGACUAGCCAGUGUACCUGAAUAUCUACUUGUCUGAGCAGACAGGUCAGAAAUUACAACAAGUUACUACAGAGUUGAAGACUGAGCAAGGAGCUUGGCUGUGCGCAUGCGCCAUAGCGCGAGAUGGUAUUUAAAUAUAGGGGAUAUUCCAAGUCAGUACAGCGGACUAUCAGCUCCUUCUGCAGCACUGUCCAGUCUGUCUUGUAAGGAUGAUUUCUUGGGCAUUUCCACUUUGGACGUUUUUUGCUGGAGUUGGCGCUCUGUUGUUUUACCAGAGACUGUUUUACCCUUACUUUUGGGAGGACUUGAUGUAUAGCUUAAAGGUCCGAAAGGUCGGGAAGGCGAUGAUGGCGAAGAUGAAACGCGGGGUUCUCACCUAUCUCGACCGCUUCGUUGACCAGGCAAAACAGAGUCCUGAAAAGCCGUUCAUCGUUUACGAGCAGGAGGUUUUGACAUACAUGGACGUGCAUCUAAGGAGCAACAAGUUUGCUAAUGUUUUCCGGAGUGAGGUCGGUGUGAAACACGGUGACAUUGUCGCGCUCUGGAUGAGCAACGAGCCCGACUUCUUGUGCGCGUGGUUCGGGCUGAGCAAACUGGGCUGCGAGGUGGCCUUCCUCAACACCAACAUCAAAUCCAAAUCUCUCCAGCACUGUCUGCAAAGCUGUGGGGCCAAAGUUCUCAUCGUCGGAUCUGAUUUGAUCCAAGUCUUGGACGACGUCCUGCCAGCUCUAUCGGAUAAUGACAUUAAUGUGUGGGUAACUGAAAAGAGCUGUUCACGUCAGGGCGUCAGCACAUUGCUGGACAAAGUAGAGCUGGCCUCGGAGGAAAAGCCACAAGUCGACUUUGCCCCGCCAAAUCUCACGUCCAACUUCCUGUUCAUCUUCACCUCAGGCACUACAGGACUUCCAAAAGCAGCCCGUGUCAGCCACAUCAAGGCUGUGAUGACCAUGGCCUUCUUCCGCCUGUGCGGUGCCAAUAGAAACGAUACCAUCUAUCUCACCUUGCCACUCUACCACAUGGCAGCCUCUCUGCUGGGAAUUGGUGGAUGCAUUGAUCUAGGAGCUACAUGUGUUCUAAAGAAGAAAUUUUCAGCCAGCCAGUUCUGGAAGGACUGCAGCAAGUACGAGGUUACGGUGUUCCAGUAUAUUGGAGAACUCUGUCGAUACUUGAUCAAUCAACCCAAGGCCCCAGAGGAGAUGGCGCAUAAUGUGCGCAUUGCUGCAGGGAGUGGGCUCAGAGCAGAUGUCUGGAAGGAGUUUUCUAGACGCUUUGGGAAAAUCCGGAUUUGUGAGGCGUACGGUUUGACCGAGGCCAGCAUUGGCUUUGUUAACUACACCACUGAAAUUGGACCCAUCGGGCGAGCCAGUUAUUUCAACAAGCGUAGUCUAUCAUUCGAAUUUCUAAAAUGUCAUCCAGAAACAUACGAGCCUGUCCGAACAGAUAAAGGGCGCUGUGUGAAAGUGAAUAAAGGUGAAGUUGGUCUGCUGGUUGCCCCGCUGUCUUUCACCAACCCCUUUCUCGGCUAUGCAGGGAACAAAACCAUGUCUGAAAAAAAGCUGCUGAGAGAUGUGUUUAAAGAGGGGGAUGUAUAUUUCAACACUGGGGAUUUGAUGCUUCAGGAUCACAGAGACUUUGUCUACUUUAAAGACAGGAUAGGAGACACAUUCAGAUGGAAAGGAGAGAAUGUGGCCACUACUGAAGUUUCUGAAGUUUUAGGCUGUUUGGAGUUUCUGCAGGAUGUAAACAUCUACGGCGUCACUGUUCCAGGCUACGAGGGAAGAGCCGGGAUGGCAGCUGUGGUCCUAAAGGAAGGCCAUGACUUGGAUGGAGAAAGCCUUUACAAUCAUUUGGUACAGAACCUCCCAUCAUAUGCCUGGCCAUGGUUUUUAAGAGUCCAGACUUUCUUGGAUGUGACGGAGACCUUUAAGCAGCAAAAGAAAAAGCUUGUGGAGGAUGGUUUCUGUCCUCAGGCUGUCCAAGCUCCACUUUACUUCCUGGAUAGCUCUAAGAAAACCUACAUCCCUCUUUGUCAGAGUGUUUACGAUGACAUUGUCUCAGGCAAGAUACGACUCUGAGCCCAGCAUUGACGGACUUGAUGUGUAUCUGAGUUGGGAUUGAUUCACAAUGCAGCAUCACUGUUUUAUUAUUUUUCGGAUCUAAUGUAUUUUUUUUAUAUAUAUAUAUAUAUAUAUAUAUAAUAUUUUAACUUGGACCUUGGAGGAAAACACUGGAAAUUUCUCAAAAGCAUUGUCACUUUUCACAGUGUUUUGUACAUUUUUGUGGUAAAUGGUGGAGAACACUGUGAAUUAUAUUGAGUAUAUUCCAUGUGGAAGCCCAUGGGAAGUCAUUUCUACACGUCUUGCUUUAGGAGCCCAAUAUUUGUCCAAAUAUAUUCCAAAAUCUUAUUGAAAUUGAGAAACACUGCCAAUGUCUGAAGGGAAAUGUUUUUUUGUUUUUUUUUUUAAUUUCUUUGAACAAAAAAGUUUUGCUUUCUUUUAGCAAUUUCAUUUACUUAUGUUUAACACUGCCCAGUAAAUUUUAUUUUACAUAGCUAGCUAUGUAAAUACCAGCUCUACUGGAUUUUUAACUCACUUUAUUACCAUAAGAUUGUGUAUAUAGAGAGAGCAUACAUUUAUGCUUGUUAUAAUUUGUUAAGUAGAGUUCUGAUGUUUUCUAUAAUUGUACCAGCAGAACCAAACUCGUUUUAAUACCAGUUCAGUCAUUAGGUAUAAAUAUUGACUUGGUCUAUAAUACAAGGUGUAUUUUAUUAAUACAUAUAGAGCCAAAUGUAGUGCAGGCAGAGUUUAAAAGACAAAACAUCUUACAGACAGUACUGAUACUGACUCAGUAAUUAGAUACUAGCAAAUCUUUGUGAAGACAGAGUGAUGUGUACACUCACUGUCCACUUUAAUAAGAACACAAACACCUAUACAUCAUGAGCAUCAAGAGCAGAAUGAGGGAAAUGUGUGAUUUCCGUGACUUUAAUCAUUGCAUGUUUGUUGAUUGCAUAAGGGCUAGUUUUUUGUAUUUCAGAAACUGCUGAUCUCCUGGAAGGUUACAAAAUGGCUGAAAAACAAAAAAAUCAUCCUGUGAACAGAGGGUAUAUUGACAGUCUUUACGACUGUGGUGAGCAGAAAAUGAUAGAUUCAUGUUCUUGGAGUGGAACCUGAUGCAGUUUCCACCUUAGGGUUUGAUGUUUUGUGUAUGGUGCCUUGCUUUUCUGCAUACUAUGGUUGUAAUGCUUCAUUAUAUGAGUUAUUUUUUUUUUCCUGCCAGCUCAAACCAAUCUGGCCAUUUUACUCUGACUUACACUAUACUGCCAAAUCAUUCAGUUCAGGUGUUGUUUUUCAGGGGUUGGGCUCAGCCCCUUAGUUCCAGUGAAAGGAACUCUUAAUGCUUCAGCUUCAUACCAAGACAUUUUGGACAAUUUCGUGCUCCCAACUUUGUGGGAACAGUUUGGAGAUGACCCUUUCCUGUUCCAACAUGACUGCACACCAGUGACCAAAGCAAGGUCCAUAAAGACAUGAAUGAGUGAGUUUGGUGUGGAGGAACUUGACUGACCAGGACUGAGUCCUGACCUCAACCCCAUAGAACACCUUUGGGAUGAAUUAGAGCAGAGACUGUGAGCCAACAUCAGAGACUGUGGAGACUCGUCCAACCUCACAAAUGCUCUUCUAGAGGAACAGUCAAAAAUUCCCAUAAACACACUCCAUAUUACAUUCAUGUACAUGUAAAUGCUUUGACCUGGUUCCGCUCUAAUUCACCCCAAAGGUGUUGGAACAGGAAGGGGUCAUCCCCAAACUGUUCCCAAAAAGUUGGGAGCAUGAAAUUGUCCAAAAUGUCUUGGAAUGAAGCUGAAGCAUUAAGAGUUCCUUUCACUGGAACUAAGGGUCCGAGCCCAAACCCUGAAAAACAACACCUGAAUUCAAUGAUUUGGCAAUAUGGUAUAUCUAAUCAACAAAAGUUGUUCCACUCACAGAACUGUCACUUUCUCAAUUUUUGUUUCUUUUCUUUUUUUCUGUGACACAGUUGAACUGUAGAGACUGAUGUCUGUCUCAGGAAAUCAGCUAUUUCUGAUUUAAACCAGCCUAAUCAGCUGAUUUCUAAUCAGCUUUAAACCAGCCUGGUAACAAACAACCUUGUCAUUGUUACUGUCACAGAGAACGCACGUUUCCCACUUUCUGAUGUUUGAUGUGAACAUUAAUUGAAACUCUUGAUAUUUAUGCAUAAUUUUAUGUACUGUGUGUUAUAGGGUAGGUGUAUAGGUGUUCCUGUUAAAGUGGACAGUGAGGGUGUAGUGUAUAUACAAAAAGACAUUGCUUAUGUGAAUUAGUAGGUGGGUGACUGAAAGCAGAGUAAAAUCUAGAAUGGAUCACAGGAGGAUCUGCAUGUGACUAUGAAGUAAUAGUGCAAGAAUACCACCUUUAAUUAAGGCAGGCCUAGAAUGAUUGGGACCUUUGGUCAAGGUUUGUUUCAAAAGUUAUGAAAAAUGUCUGGGUUUAAUUAGCUCAAAUGCUCAAAAAUAAAAAACACAUUUUUACAGUUA